CGUAGUUCUUAAGUUAGAUAGUGAAUAAGUUAAACUAAGAUAAAUUCGUUGUGAAAAGCACAAACCACCAUUAUCAAAGCUGUUAUAUUUCUUCCUGAGGUCUAGUAGUCAGUUCUGGUUAACCCUUUCAAAUUUAGUUGUUUCAUUCAAACCUCAAAAACACACACACAAAAAACAGCUUUAUAAAUAACUUAAACGUUCCUGAACAGAAAACUCAGUUGUAUUUAUUGUACACAUUUAAGUAAUGUUUAUGAGUCUCUACAGAAGGGUCCUUGGCUACAACCGAAGGGAUAUAAAUAGCUGACAAAUCAAUCAGAUAUCCUUGUGUAGAAUAGUUUCUUCUUAUCCCUUUAAAAUAAUAUAAAAUGAAUGAAGUUGGGCUAUAAAUGAUGUUAACAUGAACCUAAUAAUAUUAAUUAUUAAGUAAUGCAGUACUUUUGAUAAUGCUAUGGGCAUUUCAUUCUUUAUAUGUUUUUGUGUGUUUUAUAAUCAAGCUGUUUCCCCUAUGACCCUGGUUUAUUAGCUCACAGUACAAUGUAAUAGAGCAAUUUAGUACCACUUCUGGAAGAGAAGUGUAAGUGUACUUAUGACACUCUCACAGACCUAGUAUGAGCAAGAAGAUUGAUUCCUGUCUGUGGACUUCUGUGCCUCAGAGUUCUCCUGCACCAUGUGACCGCUAUAAGCAUGCUAUUUGUGCUUAUAAUGGGAAUGUUUACCUGCUUGGAGGUAGAUGGAAGCACUCAUUAAAAGAUUUCUGGAAAUACGAUGUGGGGUGUAACAAGUGGAUCAAGUUGGACUGUGACAGUGACAAUGCACCUGAUGAACUGGAGGAACACAGCAUGGUGUCUCAUGAGGGUGUCCUCUACAUAUUCGGUGGCUUAAGGGAUUCAGCAUAUUCUGACACAAAAACCCCUCUAUGGUUGUUUGACACAGCUAAAGAACACUGGUUCUUUGUAGAAGAGCAAAGUCCACUUGCUCAGAAUGUGGCACCAGCCAACAGAAAGGGACACAGUGCUGUUGUGUUGGGAUCUUCAAUGUUUAUUUAUGGUGGAUACAUUGACAUGCGAGGGACCUCACAGGAGUUCUGGAAAUUUAACUUAGACUCUAGGUUAUGGUCACUCUUGAGUAUUGCACAAGUGGGUCCUGGACCUCGGCAUAGCCACUCUGCUAUAACCAAUGACGACUGCAUGUACCUGUAUGGUGGUCUGCAAGGUUUGAAGGAGCAGAGAGACCUGUGGAGAUGGAGCUCCUAUGACAAUACUUGGACCUGCAUCAGAACCUUCUCAGGACCCUCUAAACUUAUGGGACACUCAGCUGUGGUGUACAAUGACAGCAUGCUGCUUUUUGGUGGAGGAGAGACCCAGACUGCUCCAACUAACUGCUUGUGGAGUCUCAAUCUUACAACACAUAUGUGGGAGAGGCUGCCUUCAUUGCCUGCAUCCACUGCUCCAUGCCGGAUUCACCACUGCAGUGUGGGUCUUGGUCCUAAAUUCCAGCCGAGACCACCAAAUAAUACCAGUAGUAAAGAUAUCUCAAAAAGUAAGGACAACACAUUCAGACCCUUUAAGAACAAAUGUUUCCCUUCUAGUCCCUUAAACUGGAAGCCUGAGGAGGAUAUAGAGCUACAGAGCCUUUCUGUCAGCUUAAAAAGUACUCAGACAUACGAGAGCUGCCUCACCUUUGAAAACCAAGUUGCUCAAGGGAACAGGUACAGUGAGCACUCAGAAAAUGAAACAGAGGACACUCUGCAGGUCCCAAUGCCUGACUUGCUCCUUGUAGUGGGAGGUAAACCUCUAAAAGACCAAGCUGCCAUUUCAGUGUGGCAAAUGACUCUGGGAGACUAGUAGAGAUAUGUUGAAAAGUUUUAUACCUGCAAAUGCUGCCUUCUCAGAGAGAAAAAUGAAUAGCCUUCAUUGUCCCAUAUGAGGAUAUACAGUAUUUAUUUCUUGGACCAUCUGCUGGUGCAUUAGUGACAUUCUGAUUUAUGAAUCUGAUUUAUGUAGUGUUGUCCUGUGUAUUUGUCCAAAACAAUUAUUUCAGAAAUGUAUGUAUAUAUGUGUGUAUGUAAAUAUAAUGUGUAUAUGUAAAUAAAUGUAAUUACACCUUUCA